GAUUUAUCGGUAAAUUGAUAUUGGGUGGACAACGAAGUGUCAAAUAGCCAAAAUGGCUUACAUUAGCGUUAUUUGUUUAGUGUUUUCUACAUUAAAAUGUAAUCGUAAAACGUGAAUUGUGUGCGAAACAUAAUACAUCUGCAACUAUGUUGCACAACACAGGGCCUUAUGGCCCAAACGAGGCGCCAAUAAACAUGGGGGCGCCCGUAAAUAUGACUCCUAUGAAUUCUCAUAUGAAUCUAGCUCAUAACAUUAAUAAUUUGAGCAAAAUGCCACAUCAGGGUGGUCCUGCGACGAGCGGGCACUACAACCUACCGGAUUAUCCUCCUUACAGCCAGUCUCCAAUAGGUGUACCGUCGCAAAUGCCUCAGUUUGCGAACUAUCAACAACUGCCCUUUCAACCUACAUACAUGAAUCAAAACUCGAAUUCCAUCAACGACUUGUCUUGGCAGAAUGGUAUGUUUCCUGUGAACUUAAAUAUUCAGAACGAGCACAACACUAGUGCCAUGAAUUAUGCUUACGACAAAAGAAUAGUGGAGACAGUCAGGCAGGACAAUGUAAAAGAACAAAACAUGAAGAAAAUGCCUUUAAAUAUACCUCAAGUACCAAAUAAGUCUUACGCCAAAAAUUUUGGCGGGAACAACGAGUAUGCGCAUAAUGAUUUGUACCAAAACUCUCAUCACAAUUUAGAUUUAAGUAUGAAAGUGCAAGAUAAAAUACAAAUAGACAGUACGCGGAGAAAAAACAUUGAAAACACCGUCAAACUGAUUGAGAACAUCUUAAUACAUUCUUCGAAUAAACCAAAAGACACUACGCAAAGUAAUACCGCUGUUAAUAACGAUAAGGAUGAUCAACCUUCAGAUAUGACCAUGGUAAACGCAAGGAAAGUCACUUUCAAUGUACCAGACUCAACGAGUACAGAUCCAUUAUCACUAUCACCUGAAAACUCUCAAGACUUACAAAGAGAUAAUGAAAACAAUGAUACAGCCGACAAAAGUAAUGAAAACGCAAAACGUGCAAUGGAAUCGGAAGACCCAUCAUCAGAUGAAGAUGAUGUUAAACCGAUUGGGGAAACGGAACACGUCACAGGUCCAAACGAAACGAAAAUAACAGAUAAUAGUGUUGUCAUAAAGAUUGAGAAAACGAGUUUAGCUGAUACGGACUGUUUCGUACCGUUUGCAAGAGACAAUAAUGGGAUACCCCGAGAAGAUGUGAUUCAUCAAAAGAUUAUAGAUAGUGAAAUUAGCGUGAAAGAGGCUACUGCUGCUGCGAAAAAUGGCAUAAAAUCCGAAGGCUUCUACGAAUGCCCUCACUGCAGUCUGGUAUUCCAGCAUCCGAAACGCUUCCUCGUUCACAACAAAUGGCAUACAUUCGGCCUAACCAACGAGAAACGCAUGGAGAUAGCCAAGAUACGGGAACAGAGGCGCUUUGAGAGGCGAGAGGCCAAACAUCUGGAGAGGCUGAAAGCCAAAGAGAUUACAAAUACGAAUGUCAAGGUCGAGGGGAAGGUGUACCCUUGUAAGGACUGUGAUAAGGUCUUCAGCUCGAAGAAUAGUCAUAAGAAUCAUAGGCAGCGCUACCACCCGGCCCCGGAUCGCGAAUGCAAGAUCUGUCACAAGACGAUGCCGACGUGGGUGGCGCUGCGCUCCCACCUCGCGACCCACACGGCGGAGUCCGGCCCCGGCUUCCAGUGUAGCGAGUGCCCCAAACGAUUCAAGUACUCCCAUUCGUUGGCGAAACACUCGGACACACAUCUGGAGAAGACCCACGCCUGCCAAACCUGCCCUAAGAAGUUCGGUUCCCAAGCCCUGCUGAAGAUGCACAUGAAGACUCACGAGCGGAUGCUGCGAGGAGCCACCUUCCGCUGUACUUACUGUGGGAAGGGAUUCUUCGAGUCCUACAGCUUACAGGUACAUGAACGAACGCAUCGCAACGAGCGCCCGUAUCUUUGUGACAUUUGUAAUACCAGCUUUGGAACAAACUCCAGUCUCAAAAGACACCUUAAAGUGUCCCACAACACAGCCAAGCCUCACCAAUGUUCGGUCUGCCGAAGAAACUUCUCCACAGAGUCGAUAAGGGAUAGACAUGAACUGAGGGUCCAUGGAAACCCUGAGGACUUCAAGUUCCCCUGUAAACAGUGUUCUUGCAAAUAUUUAAAACUAAAAGAUCUUCAGAAACACGUGUACAAGAUGCAUCCGAAAGGCAAAAGGAAGAAAAAAGAGAAAAGCGAUUCAGAAUAAACCUUAUUUGAAUGUUCUUAAGGUACAAAAUCCCAUGUAUAUACAACAUGUUUGACCAGACUCCAGACAUAUUUAAAAAACCAGUUUCGUUCAUAAAAGCGUCUAUAUUUUUCUUUUUUAAAAGCGACUCCCGCACUUAGGAAUUUUAUCCUUGUGUCGCGGGUUUCACAAACAUACAAG